GAUGCUAGUCGUCCCAAACUUGUCAAAAUAUCACGAGUACUAGCAGCACCCUGUUGCGAUAACCCGCGUGCUAACAGUCUGUUUGGUAGGUGAGGCCUCCAUCCCUACAGGGGCAGCAGACCACUUUCGGACAAAAAUGGAGACGUGACACUUGUUGCACUUGCGUGUUUGUCCAAGUGUCCACUACAGCAGGUGGUUUCAUGUUGCCAAUGGUGUAAUGGUCGUUUGAUUCAGGUCAACACGAUCUGAAAUUUGUGUUGCGUGUUGUUGAUCGCCUUGUUGGUCGGUUUCUCGACUAGAGGCUUGUUAUGAUGGGGGAAUUACUUGGCUCUGGAUCUUUUUUGCACCUGGGAGAUAUUGUCUCUUUGUUUGCAGAAGGCAGUGUUUCUGCCUUUCUCAGCACACUUGGUCUCGUAGACGACAGAUGCGUAGUCAACCCUGAAGCUGGUGAUUUGACUAACCCACCCAAGAAAUUUAGAGACUGCUUAUUUAAAAUAUGUCCCAUGAACCGAUAUUCAUCCCAGAAGCAAUUCUGGAAAGCAGCAAAACAGAGUUCAGCUGGUGGUGGAAGUGGAGAUGCUUCCCUUCUCAAAAGGCUACACCAUGCUGCGGAAAUUGAGAAGAAACAGAAUGAGACGGAGAACAAGAAGGUGAUGGGCAGUCUUGUUCGGUAUGGCAGUGUGGUGAAGCUGCUGCAUUUGAAAUCCAACAAGUAUUUGACGGUCAACAAACGGCUGCCGGCCUUGUUGGAAAAGAACGCGAUGCGAGUGUCGCUGGACCCGUCGGGCAACGAAGGCUCUUGGUUCUACAUUUUGCCGUUUUACAAGUUGCGCUCGACCGGCGACACGGUCGUCCUCGGCGACAAAGUCAUCCUGAACCCGGUCAACGGCGGGAGCCAAGUCCUUCACGUGGCGGCCAACCACGAACUGCCGGACAAUCCCGGCUGCAAGGAGGUCAAUGUCGUCAAUUCGACGACGCCCUGGAAGAUUUCGCUUUUCAUGGAGCACCGCGAGAACCUGGACGACGUCCUGAAAGGCGGCGACGUUGUCCGUCUCUUCCACGCCGAGCAGGAAAAAUUCCUGACGAUGGACGAGCACAAGAAGAAGCAGCACGUCUUUUUGCGGACGACGGGCCGCGUCUCGGCCACUUCGGCCACGUCCAGCAAGGCCCUUUGGGAGGUGGAAGUUGUCCAGCACGACCCCUGCCGUGGCGGUGCUGGCCAUUGGAAUUCUCUUUUCCGUUUCAAGCAUUUGGCCACUGGUCAAUACUUGGCGGCCGAAGUAGAUGAUGACACAGCAGUGGACGGUAUGCGAAGCAAAUUACGCGACUCCAACAACGGCCCGGUAUACCAUUUGGUACCGGUGCCUCAUGCCAAUGAAAUUGCUUCGAUUUUCGAACUGGACCCAACAACCUUAACCCGGGCAGAUUCACUCGUUCCUCAAUCGUCUUUCGUCCGUCUCCGCCAUUUGUGCACCAACACGUGGGUCCACAGCACGGCCAUCCCCAUCGACAAGGACGAGGAGAAGCCCGUCAUGUCCAAAGUGGGCAGCGCCGUCGUCAAAGAGGACAAAGAAGCUUUUGCUUUGGUGCCCGUCCCGCCGAUGGAAGUCCGCGAUUUGGAUUUCGCCAACGACGCCUGCAAGGUGUUGGUCGGUGUGUCUGCCCGUUUAGAGAAGGGAACCAUAUCGCAAAAUGAGCGACGCUCCAUCACGAGUUUAUUGCAAGAUAUCAUCUACUUCAUUGCCAAUGGCGAAGCCGAUCAGAACAAAUCGGAUGCGCUUGAAUUGCAAGUGACGGUUACAAAUCGCGAUCGGCAAAAGUUGCUGAGAGAGCAAUCGAUAUUGAAACAACUGUUUAAGAUCCUGCAGACGCCAUUCCUCGAGCCCAGCAAAGACAGCGAAGGCCCUUGGCUUCGACUGGACGAGCUACAAGAUCCGAAAAAUGCGCCUUACAAGUACAUUUUCCGUCUGUGCUAUCGCAUAUUCCGCCUCAGUUUCCAGGACUAUCGCAAAAAUCAGGAAUACAUCGCCAAGCACUUUGGCUUCAUGCAGAAGCAAAUCGGUUACGAUAUUCUGGCAGAGGAUACCAUCACAGCUUUGCUUCACAACAAUCGCAAAUUGCUGGAAAAGCACAUUACGGCCGCCGAGAUCGAAACGUUCGUUGGACUUGUCCGCAAAAACAUGCGCCAAUGGGAAUGGCGAUUCCUCGAUUAUCUGUCUGAUUUGUGUCUGUCCAACAAAGUGGCCAUUCCCGUCACGCAAGAAUUGAUUUGUAAAAGCGUACUCAGCCCUGAAAAUUCGGACAUUUUAUUGGACACGAGAAUGCUGUUAACUCCGCAGGAGAUGGAAAUGGAUCCCGAUAGUUUCAAUUACGAGGACGACGAUGUCAUUCUGAUUUGGGGACGUCAGCAAACCACGAGAAAGUUGGCCGAUUUAGCCCUGAGAGCUCGUGGAGGGGGAGUUGAAGAACAGGCCAUUCUCGACUACUAUCGACAUCAAUUGGAUUUGUUCAGCAACAUGUGCCUCGAUCGCCAAUACCUGGCCAUUAAUAGAUUAUCAGAGCAUCUCGGCAUCGACCUUAUUCUCAAAUCGAUGGCGGACGAAGCGUUGCCUUACGAGUUGCGUGCUUCGUUUUGUCGAUUGCUGUUACACAUGCACGUCGACCGCGACCCGCAAGAGCCCGUGACGCCCGUCAAAUACGCCCGUCUCUGGUCCGAGAUCCCCAAGCAACUGUCGAUCGAGGAUUACGACAACAAGUUGCCGGACGAGAACAAAGAGGCGGCCAACCAGAAAUUCAGUUCGACGAUGAUGUUUGUCGAAGACUAUCUCUGCAAUUUGGUGCACAAGGCCUGGAGUCUGCAAUGCAAGGAUCAAAACAAACUCACGUUCGAGGUGGUGAAACUGGCCAGGGAGCUCAUCUAUUUUGGCUUCUACAGCUUCAGCGAUUUGUUAAGAUUGACGAGGACGUUGCUAAAUAUCUUAGACAGUGCGUCUAGUCCUGGAGAUGCCGAAUAUUACCACAAGAAUAGCCAAGGAUCUUCGGGACAGAAUCAACAGCAAUCCAAUGGCAACAGCCAAGAACUGGAAACUCCCGAUGGAGGUGGAGUGUUGCGAUCCUUAGGCGACAUGGGCGCCGUCAUGACCAGUUUGGCCCUGGGCACGGCCGGUUUCGCCAAAUCGCCCAUGCCGCUCUCUUUGCGCAAAUCCGUCCAGUCGCAGACGAAAAAAGAGGAUCCGCUCGUUAUGGACACGAAAUUGAAAAUCAUCGAAAUCCUCCAGUUCAUCAUGAACAUGCGCCUGGACUAUCGCAUCAGCUGUCUCUUGUCCAUCUUUCGCCGUGAAUUUGACGAGUCGAGUCCAUCGGGCCCUACGAGUGGAAGUGACACACCCAAGUUACUCGAAAAGCGAAUCGAUUUGGAAUCAAUCAGUUUAAAAGCAGAGAGCAUAUUUGAUAACCACCACACCAAAAUCCACAUAGGAGUCAUGGAGAAUGGUGAAAAUGAUGACGACGAUGGAGCUUUCUGCGAUUUGGACUUGGACGGACAAGGAGGCAAGACGUUCUUACGCGUUUUGCUGCUGUUGACGAUGCACGACUCGCCUCCGCUCGUCUCUGGCGCCCUCCGUUUACUUUUUCGACACUUUUCACAGCGCCAGGAAGUCCUGCAGGCUUUCAAGCAAGUCCAGCUACUCGUCUCUGACAGCGACGUCGAAUCCUACAAGCAAAUCAAGGCCGAUCUAGACGGUUUGCGUUUAUUAGUGGAGAAAUCUGAAUUGUGGGUCUACAAGGCGAAAAUCGCCACCACCGAGGACGAAGUGAGCAGUCCAGGAAUGAAUGGAGCAGGAGACGAAAAGAAGGUGGUCAUCAAGAAAGAAACGGUGGAUCUAUUAGACGAAGAUGGCGGCCAGGGCCAGCCGGACUCGUUGCUCCUGGACAAUAACAACAGCAUCAUUCAGCACCAUCCGUUGCCGCCCAACAAGAAACCUGCCGUCCGAGGGCCGAUGUUGAGCACCUCUGACAAACAAGGGUCGGCCAUCGACCUGGACAUCGGCCCGCCCUUGGACGAAUCGCAAGCCAUCAAUUACAAACAAAUCCAGCAAAUCCUGGCCAGGAUGAACCGACUGUGCGUCCAGCCCGUCCUCACCACGACGUCGUCCUCUGGCAGCCAAGGGGGCAGUGGUGCCGGGGGUAGUGGUUCAAGCGGAGGAUCGAAUAGCAAUUUGAGACCGCGCAAACACGAGCAGCGGCUGCUGAGGAACAUGGGAGUGCACACGGUCGUGCUGGAUCUCCUUCAAAUUCCGUACGAUCGCAAAGAGGACGUGCGGAUGAACGAGUUGAUGCGAUUGGCCCACGAGUUCCUCCAGAAUUUCUGCCGGGGAAAUCAGCCCAACCAGUCGCUUCUCCACAAACACCUGGAACUCUUCCUGACUCCUGGGUUGCUGGAGGCGCAGACGAUGUGCGCCAUCUUCCAGGACAAUGCCCAACUGUGCGGCGAACUGAGCGACAAGGUCGUCCAGCAUUUCGUGCACUGCAUCGAGACGCACGGACGGCACGUCGAGUACAUCCACUUUUUCCAGACGAUCGUCAAGGCCGAAGGCCAGUUUAUCCGCAAGUGCCAGGAUAUGGUCAUGCAGGAGCUGGUCAACGUCGGCGAAGACGUCCUCGUCUUUUACAACGACAAGGCCUCGUUCAACUCUUUUGUCGAGAUGAUGAGAGCAGAACGACAUCGAUUGGAUGCCACCGACAGUAGCGGAGCUCUGAAGUACCACAUCGAACUGGUCCGGCUGCUGGCCCUGUGCACCAUGGGCAAAAACGUCUACACGGAAAUCAAGUGCCACAGUUUGCUGACGCUCGACGACAUCGUGGCCAUGGUCUCGCACAAGGACUGCAUCCCGGAGGUCAAAGAAGUUUACAUCAACUUCCUCAAUCACUGCUACAUCGACACGGAGGUCGAAGUCAAAGAGAUUUACACCUCCGGACACAUGUGGAGUCUCUUUGAGCGCAGCUUCCUCGUCGACAUGGCCAGAUGCGCUUCGGCCACUCACGACCGCAAACACGCCGACGCCGCCUUGGAGCACUACGUCACGACGUCGGCCGUCAGCGUCGUCACCACUUUUUUCCGCAGUCCGUUUUCUGAUCAGAGCACGGCCGUCCAGACCCGACAGCCCGUCUUUGUCCAGCUGCUUCAAGGCGCCUUCCGGCUCUCUCAAUGCGCCUGGCUGAGUUCCACGCAACGACACAACGUCGAGAGUUGCAUCCGCACGUUGUCCGACAUGGCCCGCAGUCGCAGCAUUGCCAUUCCAUCCGAUCUGGACAAUCAGGUGACGUCGCUUUUCAACAAACCGACUCUCCAUUUAGGGGCCAGCAAGGCCAGCAAAAUUUUUCGAUCUUCGCGACUUCAAUCGGCCCAGCUGAGCCGCGAAUCUUCACAGUCGCAGUUAAGUGUCCGGUUUGACAGGACCAUCAUCGAAGGACUUCAAGAUAUUGUCGUCCUACUAGAAGCCCAGCUACAUCCAUUGGUUCAAGCCGAGUCGUCUGUCAUCGUCGAUGUGCUGUACAGGCCUGAAUAUCUUUUCCAGCCGGGCACGGAAGCUCGUAAGAAAUGCGACAAUGGCGGUUUCAUUCGCAGAUUAAUAAAACACACGGAAAGACUGUUGGAGGACAAAGAGGAGAAACUGUGCAUCCAGGUGUUGAACACGUUAUGCCAAAUGAUGAACUUUGAUGUCCACAAUGGCGAAAAGGGUGACGCCUUGCGCAAGAAUCUUUUACUUCGAUAUUUCGCCAAACCGCCUACCACGAACAGCAAAAAACCCGAACACGCCGGCACAGGUUCAACGACAGCUGGAACUCAUUCGAUGUUGGGUGGCGGUGGCGCAGGCCAAUCGACGCUGACGACUCACGGCCCUGGAGGUCGUCUGCUAUCGCGAGGUGAAAUGAGUUUACACGAAGUCCAAGUCUAUUUGGACCGGGAAGGCGCCUCGGAUUUGGUGGCCGAACUGGUCAUGAAAUCCUGUCUCUCUCCCAACGUCUUUAUGGAGGCCGUCCAGCUGGGCAUCGCUUUAUUGGAAGGCGGCAAUCCCGUCAUCCAGCGGAGCCUCUACAACAAACUGCAGUCGGCCGAGACGAGCGCCGUCUUUUUCAAAGUCUUUCACGACAAGGUCCGCGAGUCGCAGGCGGAAAUCCGAUCCACCAUGUCCGUCAACACGACAGAAAUGGCCUCGGCCGGCAGCCACAAAUUACACGACUCGGCUUCGGACAAUGUCAAGGAAAGUUAUUCGUACGAUAUCAAGAUGAGGAACCAACGGAUGAUGCCAUCGAGGGCAUCCAAUGGCAACGUCGCCGCAUCUGAACGAAUGGAUUCGUACGGUUACGAUCCGUGGAACAAUUCGAGGUCGGAUGAUUCGACGACGACGACGAUGUUGAGCAGCGUCAAUUCGACGCUGGAGGAUUUGGUCCGACAACAACAACAACCCAAAUUGAUGGCGAUGGAUUCGGAUGUGGAAUCCAAACUAUCAGCCAAAGUUCUUGUCAUGUUGCCCGUCUUCCGGUUUCUCCAGCUGCUCUGCGAGAACCACAAUCGCGACUUGCAGAAUUUCUUACGAGCCCAGUCGAACAAAAACAGCUACAAUUUAGUGUCGGAGACGCUCAUGUUCCUCGACUGCAUUUGCGGGUCGACGACGGGCGAGCUGGGCCUCCUCGGCCUCUACAUCAACGAGCACAACGUCGGACUCAUCAACCAGACGCUGGAAACGCUUACCGAGUACUGCCAGGGCCCUUGUCACGAGAACCAAAACUGCAUCGCCACUCACGAGUCCAACGGCCUGGACAUCAUCACGGCCCUCCUCCUCACAGACAUUAAUCCGCUUGGACAACGGAGGAUGGACAUGGUGUUGGAAUUAAAGAACAAUGCGUCGAAAUUGCUGCUGGCCGUCAUGGAGAGUCGCGGCGACAGCGAAAACGCCGAGCGGAUCCUUUACAACAUGAACCCGAGACAACUGGUGGACGUCGCUUGCAAAGCGUACCACCAGAAAUUGGUGGGCGGCGAUGAAGCGGCCAGUCCGAUGGAAGUCGGCCACAACAUUUACAUUUUGUGCCACCAAUUGGCCCAGCACAACAAAGAAUUGGCGUCGCUGAUGAAACCCCAUCUGGUAGAUGGCACUAGUGGCGACGUCGCUUUGCAGUACUACGCCAAUCACACGGCCCAGAUCGAGAUCGUCCGCCAGGACCGGACGAUGGAGCAGAUCGUUUUUCCCAUUCCGGAAAUGUGCGAAUAUUUGACAAACGACACGAAAGUGCGCGUCUUCAACACGGCCGAGCGCGACGACCAAGGAUCGAAAGUGGCGGCCUUUUUCGAACGGGCCGACGACAUGUUUGACGAGAUGAAAUGGCAGAAGAAAUUGCGCGGACAGCCGCUCCUCUUUUGGGUCAGUCGCCACAUGGGCAUUUGGAGCAACAUCCUCUUCAACUUGGCCGUCAUCAUCAAUUUGAUUGUCGCCUUUUUCUACCCGUUUGACACGGACGGACCGGCACCCGAUCCUGGCACGCACCUCUCGGGCCUCAUCUGGGCCGUCAUGCUCUUGUCGGCCGCAGUGGCCAUCACGCUACCCAAACCGUCGGGCAUCCGGACGCUCGUCAUGACCGUCAUUCUGCGGCUCAUUUGCUCUGCUGGCCCUCAACCCACUCUGAUGCUGUUGGGCACAGCCACGGUCGUCUUGAAAGGCGUCCAUUUAUUGAGCAUCAUGGGGAACGCGGGGACGUUCCAGCGGAGCGUCCGUCAAAUCUGCACCGACACGGAAAUCAUCUACCACGUCAUCUAUCUCGUCUUUUGUUUCCUCGGAUUGAGCACGCAUCCGUUUUUCUUCUCCGUCCUUUUGUUCGACGUCGUCUACAGGGAAGAGACGCUGCUGAAUGUCAUCCGGUCGGUGACUCGCAACGGCCGUUCCAUCGUCCUCACGGCCGUCUUGGCCCUCAUCCUAGUCUACAUGUUCUCCAUCAUCGGGUACAUAUUCUUCAAGGACGACUUUCUGGUUGAAGUCGAUGAUGACCCAGUGACGGGUGUAGUCCCGGGCACGUGUUCGUCUGACGGUUUGGGUUGCUCAAGUCGUUCAGCGAAUCCUUUCAUGAGCCAAAUCGAAGACGGUGGAGAAGGAAAGGGAGAUGAUAAUAAGGAACGAGCCUGCGAUUCUCUCAUCAUGUGUAUUGUCACAACGUUGAAUCAAGGCCUACGAAAUGGCGGAGGCAUUGGUGACAUCUUACGUGCGCCAUCUAGUAAGGAGCCAAUGUUUGGAGCUCGAGUGAUUUACGACAUGUUGUUCUUCUUUGUGGUCAUCAUUAUCGUUCUUAAUCUCAUUUUCGGUGUCAUUAUCGAUACAUUUGCCGAUUUGAGGAGCGAGAAACAACAAAAGGAGGAGAUUUUGAAGAACACGUGUUUUACUUGUGGGCUCGACCGUUCGCAAUUUGACAAUAAAGCCGUUAGCUUCGAAGACCACAUCCGACACGAACACAAUAUGUGGCAUUAUCUCUAUUUCAUCGUUCUCGUACGAGUCAAAGAUCCGACGGAAUUUACAGGGCCUGAAAGUUACGUUUAUGCCAUGGUCAAGGACAAAAACUUGGAAUGGUUUCCGCGACUUAGGGCCAUCUCGUUAGCCGCCGAGGGUGAAGAAUCGGAGCAAAACGAACUGCGUUCACUACAAUCUCAACUCGAAACGACACAAUCACUCGUGGCCACUUUGUCACGUCAGCUGGCCGAACUCCGAGACCAGAUGACGGAACAUCGGAAGCAGAAGCAACGAAUGGGAUUGCUUAAUUCUGCUCCUGCUUAUUUUCAUCACCUCAGCCAAUAAGACGAUACUUGGUCAUUCCUAAUCGCUUUCAUUUUUUUUUUUUAAUGCACAAGAAAGAUACUUCCCCAGCGCUUCCCCUUUCUUUCCAGUGUCUGCUAUGAAAAACUGCCUUGCUGCUGCCACUGCAAUAUAACAACCGUGACAACGACUACGAGAGUCCCAAAAUCACCAAUUGUGUUUAACUCUCGCGUUCUGAUUCUUUAUUGCCCGGUGCCGUGCAACAACGAAUAUCAAUUCAUUCCGUGUCCUGAUUAACGACGGUUCUGCUGACCAAGUUUGUUGUUUCCUGUUCUUUUUUUGUUUUGUUUUGUUUUCUUGGAUAAUUAGGUAAAACUUUCUUAUUCAUUGUUUUUGUUGAUGGGUUGACUAGACUGAAAGAUCUAUUUGUCUACAACUCGAUCGUGUCACGCGUUUCAUAGUCUAUAAGAUGGGUCUACUAAUAAUAUUGAUGCGUUGUCUUCAUUCAGCAGUUGUUUGCUAAUGAAUUGAAACAAAAAUGAUUUCAAAUGUUUAAGUUUGUUGAUUAUCGUUUAUUAUGUCAGAUGAUGCAUUCCACUUUUGAUGCCAUGCCUCCAUUGCCAGCACUCAUUUAUUCGGGAAGUAAUAUUAUGUAGCGAAUUUGUCACAUCACUGCUGCAAGAAAAAUACACCAGUUGACUUGUAA